GCAGCAGUUGUGAGUAGAACAGUCUUUUGUGUGAAUAAAUGUAUACAAAUGGAGUGGGCGCGUAACCUUCCCUUGCACCAUAAGCAUUUCCUAAUUUUUUGUGUUUCCAAAAAAUUGGCUCACCGUUAUUAACUCCAUGUUAAGCACAAUAUCUAUCAUAAAGGGACUUCGUGGUUGACGCUUGGCUUCAUGGAAUGCAUGUUAAAAUGAAGAAAAUGUAUUUCUGCGAAGGCCACACAAUAUCAUGAGUUAUAUGAAGUUAUUUCAAUUUCGCUCUUGCACUUUCCAUUGAUGGCGCUGUCUGCUAUCACCAAUUUCGAAUGGAGUCCCGUGACAUUGUUAGCCUGCCUGGCCUUUGUAUACGCUUGAUUCUGUUUACCUUUACGAACUCGACAGUGCUCUUAGCAGAGGGCUCAAAUUAAAACCUCUUUUCGUGUCUUCGUCCUCUAGUGUAGCGGUAUUCAACCUGGGGAGUCUCAAAAUUCCAGCUGUUUUCGUCAAUCAUGGCCUACUCCAUGUGCAUCUAUGCUGUAACAACGGUUAUAAUCUGUUUCAUCGUCGGGGAUCUGUCGUCCGUGCUCUUUUCUGGGAAGAUCGAUUUCCUAAACACGAUCUUCUACUCAAUGCUAAUUUUAUUUAUGUUUACUUCCAUAAGUUCACCUGUACUUCUAUGGCUGGACGCCUCCAACUAUGUUCAUUACAUCAACAAGUGGACUGAAUUUCAGAUACUCUUCCUCAAAGUCACUCAUAAUAGACUGUCAUUGAACGUCAAGAAACGCUGCAUUUUUCACGCCAUCCGCUGCUCCACCAUUGGGUUUGCAGCUAUAGCAUUCCACUUCUCCACUCCAUACAUUCGCAUAUGGCAAAUUCCGGGCUUCUUCUACGCCAUAACACUAGUUAGCUGUUAUUUAACACUUUGGAUUACCACGUGCGGAAAUCUAUCCACAGCCGGAAAGUCUCUGUCCAGGAAUUUUAAGGAGGAACUGAGGCGGAAGUGUUACACAGCGCAGAGCAUAGGGCAGUACAGAAUCCUCUGGUUGCGACUCAGCCAACUGGUCUCCCGGUCAGGUGGCGCCAUGGAAAAAACUUCUUGCAUAUUCUUCGCUGUUUAUCUGUUCAUAAUGACCAUGUCCCUGUAUGGUUUCUUGUACGGGAUUACUAGCGAAGCGGAAAUACCUAUUCAGUCAAUUGGAAUGGGUAUCGGAACAGUGACUGGAGGAUGUACGUUCUAUGUCACCUGUAAUGCUGCACACAAGGUUCAUCUAAAUGUUAAAGCGGAAAUAGAAGAAGAAUUGCAGCUCAUCAUGUCGUCGAGAGAAAAUCACGAUGUCUUGAUAGAGGAAGAGCUGCCAUUCAGGUUGGAAGAUGUUCCUCUGCUAACCAGGCGGAAGACGUGGCUGCAGCAUCAUGAAGCACCUCAUCAGUUUGGUAGGCAGGUGAACGCUUUCCUGAAUACAAUAUCAUCGCAUCCCCCAGUGAUAUCAGUGGCUGGAUUCUUCGAUGUAAACAGGGAAAUGCUCAGAUCGUAUGCUUCUACAGUGGUGACGUAUAUGAUAGUUCUACUGCAGUUUGGAAUGGGACAGCCCAACAACCGUCAGAUGAAUGCAACUCAGAAUACCACUAAAUAGCAUUUAAGCAAUAGAAAUUCCACAAGGGAACCAUCACAUUUAGACCUGUGUUGUAGAAGAACCUAGCGUACGGACAUAUUACACGUAGAAUGUCCGUAAAUAAGAAAGUAAUUUGAAACAUGUCUGUCCAUGUUAGAAUGUAUUAUUUAUUAACCGUUAAUAAAAUACCUAUUAAAAUUUCAAAGACAAAUUAGACGAGUCAUUAUAUACACAAAACAACGGGACUUGGAUUGUUUGUUGUAGUAGACACUGUCUACAUCAAGAUUUUUACCGCUGUAUGUUUUGAGUACACUAUGAAUCAGAGGUUAUAUUUCGCCUGUAAUAAACACGUAUCGUACUUUAA